AUUGGUAUACCCCAUUCACUUACUAUAUAGUGUGGGUGCGGAACGACUAGCAUCUCCAUGGAAACGAACACUGCCGAACAACAACGCCGCUCAGUCUGACCGACCUGCAGCGCAUACGGACGGUCUCUGAAGACUCACGACGGUCUCUGAAGACUCACGACGGUCUCUGAAGACUCACCGGCCCGUCGGCGGUUCGCUGGACGGUUCGCUGAAGGCUAUCGUCAGAACAACCUCUUCUUCAUAAUCUAUGUUACGUUAAUACGGUCCCAUCACCAUGGCCGUGUCGGUAGAGGAGGUUUCUUCGUCGCUUGUACGGGAAUAUCUGAGUCGAAAGGGACUCAAGAGGACGAUCGCCUGUAUGGAUGAGGAGCAUCCGCGCACAGAGGCCAGUAUCAACAACAGAUCACACUUGAGGCAGAUCCUCAACAUAGAGGGUCUCUAUAAAAAGAACAAGGUUCAGUCGUCCCCUCUGAAAACAUUACUGGAGAUUAUUGUGAAGCAUCACAUCAGUGGCCUUCAGGAUGACAAGAUGACCAACGAUGAAAGUGAUCCCCUGCAGUCUGCUGGAGAUAUCAGCUCGAUUGCUAAUUCCCCUGCUGCAACACCAUCAGUGAUGAAUAACACAAUAACAGAGGAUGGCACAGCAGCUUUUGUUAUAAGCAAACACGUCAGAUUAAGGUCUGAUAUUGAAGAAAUCUGCCCAUCUCAGCCUGUAUACACAACAUUGUUGCCUAAUUCAGAUAGACUAUCCAGUCAUGAGCGAACAGGUCUCUGGGCUUAUGACUCAGAGGACCAAAAAGGCCAGUCACUGGUGGCUUCCCUCCAGGACAAUGAGAGCUUCAUCAAAAGAGAACCAGAAAAAAAGACUUGCAUCACUGAGAGCACCCAAAGGAGCAGAACUAACCGAAUUAGACGUGGCAUGAUGGCAGGACCAAUAGCUAGCUCACGUCAGGAAUCAACCAAAAAGAGACAGAAUCGAAGGCUAGAUGUGUCCCAGCCGCUGCUCAGAAAAGAAGAAAACAGGCAGUCUAAGGAUGGACUUUCAGUGACAGGCUUACAUCUGAAAAGCUCAGAAAGCGGCCUAACUGAAAUCAAGUCAGCGGACUGCGUUGGAGGGCGACGGGAGGUGCGGAGUGCACCACAGAGAGUGCAGAGGGAAAGUGGCUUUAAAAAAAUAGAACAAGACAUACUGAAGACUAAAAAAAUAAAGUCUUUUGCCAGGCCAAAUGUGGCUGAUUUGGAUGUGUCUGAGAUGGUUUUAGAUGACAUUGAUGAUGACGAUGAGCUGCGAGAACUCUCCAAAGUGUCCUUUCAGAGAACGAUCACAGAGCACAGCUAUGCCGGCCGCCCAAUGGACCAGCACACUGCCACGGAAUUGAAAGCGGUUCUUCUUGGAUCCAGCCUAAAUUGUUUCAGUGUUGAGUGGAGGAAUCAGGGUUUCACAUUCUCAGAAAUGCAUGACCUGGGUUACGGAAUUGUGCAGAAAAAGGGUGGUCCAUGUGGGGUUCUGGCAUCCAUCCAAGCCUUUGUUCUAAAGAAACUACUGUUUGAAAACAUCAAAAGCAGUGAUACAGGCCUUCAGAGGUUAAGACCUUCCAAUGCUACCAGAAGAAAGUGUCUUGUUUUAGCUGCGGCUGAAAUUCUGUGGAGGGCAGGCGAAGAAAAACAAGCCACAGUGGCAAUAAAUUCAGGGAGAAAUCAUUUCACCCCAAGUGGACACUACAAAUGUGAAGGAGUGCUGGAAAAGAUAACGUGUUUCACUAUGGAUAACAUGAAGGACCUGCAGUCGUUUCUUGAGCAGCAUAUCGAGCAGUUUGAGACUGGGAUGUUAGGAUGCAUCCUGUUGACCAUAUCUGCAGUUCUCUCUCGAACCAUUGAAAAAGUAAGAGAGGAUAUGGACGUGCCCACCGCCACGCUCAUUGGAGCCCAUGGCUACUGCACUCAGGAGCUGGUCAACCUGUUGCUCUGUGGAAGAUCAGUUUCUAAUGUCUUUGACAAUGACAUGGAGUUGGACUCAGGCAAUGGCAACAUGACUCUACUCAAGGGAAUCAAAGGCGACUGUGAUGUUGGCCUGCUGUCCCUGUUCGAACAUUAUAACAUCUGUAAGGUAGGAGCUUACCUGAAGACUCCCCGUUACCCCAUCUGGGUGGUGUGCAGUGAAAGCCACUUCAGUGUGCUGUUUGGCCUGCAGAGGGAGCUGUUGACCAAUCAGGACAAAGGUCUGGAGUUUGACCUCUACUAUUAUGACGGACUGGCCAAUCAACAGGAGGAGAUCCGCCUCACUGUCUCUGUCGGCAAAUCAGCCCCGGCCUGUCAGGAUGACGACGCGGAUCUCAUUCCUCCACUGGAGCACUGUAUCCGAACGAGGUGGAAAGAUGCAUUUGUCAAUUGGAAUGACACAGAGCCCAUUCUCUGACGGAUCACAUGGUUUGAUGUUAUUUAAAGGUCCAGUGUGUAGGAUUUAGUAGUGUCUAGCAGUGUAGUUGUAGAUUACAGGCAUAAAGGAGAAACUACGGUGGCUGCACAAUUUUAUUUAUUUCCAGGUGAUUAUACACUAAUGAAAACAUAUGAAUUUAAUAUUCUCACAAUAGAUCCUCCUACAUGAUACACACUGGACCUUUUAAAUCAGGGUAAGCACUAUUAACUGACAAUAAACAUUUUGCAUCACCAAUACAGAUAUUUUUACACAGGUUUUCCUCCUAUGAUAUUAGGUUUUCUGAAUAUUUAUCCAUAUAUUUUAGCAUUACUGUUGUUUUCCUGACUUGAUGGCCUGGAUAUUAUGUAUCACACAAUGUAUGUGCAGCUGGAAGGGUUUGGAAUAUGGCAUAUCAUGAUAUUUGAGAGCAUGUAAUUUUCUUUUUUGAAAGGUUUAGCAAUAAACAUGAAGUAACUUUUUCUUACAAUGUACAAGUUUGCAGGAUGUCUUAUACUUUUGUUGCUAGUGAAAAGUAGAUUACUGCAAGAUACACUAUUGACCACAGUGGCCUUUCACUUUUCACUCUGUACUUUUUACAUCAACAUAUUAUAUGUUAUGUAAUAACAAGCUGAUGUCCAUAUUUUACUCUACAUCAUUAUGAUUUUCCUGCUUAUUAGAAAUGAAAUGAAUAUGUGAUAUUUUAAUCAAGAAAUCUUUUGAUGAAAAAUGUAAGAUAAGUGUUAAUUUCACAUCAUGCAUCUUGAUUUUGAAAUGGCCAAAAAUCCAAUUGCCUUUUAUUACAUGUGCACACUUUAAAUGAGAUGAUAGGUGGUACUGUUUUGGUUUCAUCGCUUCAGUUAUAAUUCUGAUGUGUAAAGAGAUUAGAUACAAUAAAUACAGACUGUGUGUGUGUGUCAAAGAAAGUGAAUAUUAUAUAAAUGAAUUUUCACUUUUGAAACCUCUCAUGAGGAGCAGAAACUAAACUCAUUCAAUACCUCGACUCCUGUCUCCACAGUGUUUGUUUUGUGUCUUUUUUUUCCUGAAGCUGCCUUU